GAAGCCUCAACCACCAACAAACACCACAUAAACUCUUCAACCACACAACAUGACAGUGUGCAGGAUCUGUCAGGAAGCUGAGUCGAAAUACAAAUGCCCUACUUGUAGAGCUCCAUAGUAUACCCCCCAACCCAAUCCCUCCCUUCUUCCGCACUUAAACACAUACUAACGCAUUUAGCUGCUCCCUCACAUGCUACAAGCCGCACAAAGCCGAACAUGAAGCAAAUCCUUCACCAGCUUUACCGCCGCCAGAACCUCCCGCCGCUACCCCCACCAUUCCCGAGGCGCGACCCGAAGACAAAGACCCUUUCUCUCCACUGUUAACAACACCUUUAACCCCCACACUCCGAAAGCACCUCCUCUCAAUUCACGCCGCAACCCAGAAGCCCACACACAGCCGUAACUCAAAUUACCGUAGUCGCAGUGGUGGCAGGGGCAGAGGUAGAGGAGGAAGAGGAGGGGGUGGCAGAGGAGGAGGAUACGAAACCCGCGAGCGGGAAUGGACGGAAGAGCAUGAAACUAAAGCCGCUAUUGAAAAGCUCCGGAAGCUUCGGGAGGAGGGUAAUGAAGAAAUUGAGGAAUUCGUGCAGAUGGUGGUUGGCUUGGUAGAGAAGGAGCAGGGCGACGCUCUUCGAUAGAGGUGAAUCUAGGUGCACGCGUUGACUGCCCCGAAGGGGGCUUCAUGCUCUAAUAUUUACAUAUUAUGGAUUUUCCUCCC